AAGUUCAUUGAUAACAUGCUCUUACGAAGCUCUGGAAAAUUAAAUGUGGGUACCAAGAAGGAGGAUGGUGAGAGUACGGCCCCCACUGCUCGGCCCAAGGUCCUGCGUUGUAAAUGCCACCACCACUGUCCUGAAGACUCCGUCAACAAUAUCUGCAGCACAGAUGGGUACUGCUUCACGAUGAUAGAAGAAGACGACUCUGGAACGCCUGUUGUCACCUCCGGAUGCCUAGGACUAGAAGGGUCAGAUUUUCAAUGUCGCGACACGCCCAUCCCUCAUCAGAGAAGGUCAAUUGAAUGCUGCACAGAAAGGAACGAAUGUAAUAAAGAUCUCCACCCCACGCUGCCUCCCCUGAAGGACAGAGAUUUUGUUGACGGACCCAUACACCACAAAGCCUUACUCAUAUCUGUGACUGUCUGUAGUUUACUCUUGGUCCUCAUUAUUUUAUUCUGUUACUUCAGGUAUAAAAGACAAGAAGCCAGACCUCGGUACAGCAUUGGGCUGGAGCAGGAUGAAACGUACAUUCCUCCUGGAGAGUCCCUGAGAGACUUGAUUGAGCAGUCGCAGAGCUCGGGAAGUGGCUCAGGACUCCCUCUGCUGGUCCAAAGGACAAUAGCUAAGCAAAUUCAGAUGGUGAAGCAAAUUGGAAAAGGUCGCUAUGGCGAAGUGUGGAUGGGAAAGUGGCGUGGAGAAAAGGUAGCUGUGAAAGUGUUCUUCACCACGGAGGAAGCCAGCUGGUUCCGAGAGACUGAGAUAUAUCAGACGGUCCUGAUGAGGCACGAGAACAUUCUGGGGUUCAUUGCAGCGGAUAUCAAAGGGACUGGGUCUUGGACUCAGUUAUACCUCAUCACAGACUAUCAUGAAAACGGGUCUCUUUAUGACUAUCUGAAAUCCACCACCUUAGAUGCCAAGUCCAUGCUGAAGCUAGCCUACUCGUCUGUCAGCGGCCUGUGCCAUCUACACACGGAAAUCUUCAGCACUCAAGGCAAGCCAGCCAUUGCCCAUCGGGACUUGAAAAGUAAAAACAUCCUGGUGAAGAAAAAUGGAACUUGCUGCAUAGCAGACCUGGGCCUGGCUGUCAAGUUCAUCAGUGACACAAAUGAGGUUGACAUUCCACCCAACACCCGGGUUGGCACCAAGCGCUAUAUGCCUCCAGAAGUGCUGGACGAGAGCUUGAAUAGAACUCAUUUCCAGUCCUACAUCAUGGCUGACAUGUACAGCUUUGGACUCAUCCUCUGGGAGAUUGCAAGGAGAUGUGUUUCUGGAGGUAUAGUGGAAGAAUACCAGCUUCCAUAUCACGACCUGGUGCCCAGUGACCCUUCUUAUGAGGACAUGAGAGAAAUUGUGUGCAUGAAGAAGUUACGGCCUUCAUUCCCCAAUCGAUGGAGCAGUGACGAGUGCCUCAGGCAAAUGGGGAAGCUUAUGACAGAGUGCUGGGCGCAUAAUCCUGCCUCCAGGCUGACGGCCCUGAGAGUUAAGAAAACACUUGCCAAAAUGUCAGAGUCCCAGGACAUUAAACUCUGACGUCAGGUACUUGUGGACAGAGCAAGGAAUUACACAGAAGCAUCCUUAGCCCAAGCCUUGAACGUUGAUCUACUGCCCAGUGAGUUCAGACUUUCCUCUAAGAGACCAAGCUGGACAGACACAGAGGAACCCAGAAACACGGAUUCACCAUGGCUUUCUGAGGAGGGGAAACCAUUUGGGUAACUUGUUCAAGAUAUGAUGCAUGUUGCUUUCUAAGAAAGCCCUGUAUUUUGGGAUUACCAUUUUUUUUUUAAAGAAGAAAGAUACUUUAAUUUUUACCAAAAUAAAACAAAUAUUGUA